GAUUAUAAGGCAGAUUUUUCCAAAAUUAGCGAUAAAUCAAAGAAAUCAGCAUUACAUCGGUUAUUUGAUAAUCCGGCAUUACGCAAGGACCUGUCAGAGAAAAGUGGUGGUGUGAGAAAAUAUGUUGAAUACGUCAAAGAUGCCAUAAAGAUAUUAACUGAUUAUAAAGAUGAUGAUAUACAAAAAAAUUGUGACAUUAAUGCCAAAGAUUAUGAAGGGAGAACCAUAUUAGUAUAUUAUAUGACCGAUCAAUUUAGUGCUAUAAAGCCUGAAGAAAAAAAAGAAAUAGUCUCUUUACUACUCGACCGUGGUGCUGAUCCAAACCUUGGGUGCACUAUCAAGAGUAUAUUUUAUACAUUUGAAGCACCAACCGCAUUAUUUAUGGCUAUACAUUACGAAUGGCCAAUGGAUAUACUCGCUCAAAUAUACAAAAAGGGAUGUGAUGCUAGCAAAAAGGAUGGUAAACAACGAAAUGUAUUGAGUUUAGCAGCAGCUGAAAGAAAACCUGAUUACAUGAAUUGGUUAUUAGAGAAUU